AUGUCAUUCAAUCCUCUUUCCGCUAUUCUUAAAGAACACAAACUCGAAGGUCAUAACUAUAUCGCAUGGAAACAAAACUUGGAUAUCGUUCUCACUGCCGAAGAAUACAAAUAUGUGCUCACUACUGAAUGUCCACCCGUGUCUGCUGAAAAUGCUUCUGCAGCAGCGAAAGAAACAUACAGGAAGUGGUGUAAAUCCAAUGAGAUGGCGAAGAGCAACAUGUUGGCUUCUAUGUCAACAGUACUUCAACAUCAGCAUCAAGAAUCUAGCGCUAAGUCUGUAGCCUUUUGGAGCAUCAUGACUAAGGUUAUGAAGGAGGGCACAUCUGUGAGAGACAAUGUCAUCGAGAUGAUGAGCCACAUCAAUCAAAUUGAGGAUUUGGGAGGGACCAUUGAUCCCGAGUCUCAAGUAACUAUAAUCCUUCAGAGUUUGCUAGCUAGCUAUCGGCAGUUGAAGCUCAAUUUUGAGAUGAACAAGAGGGCUUACACCCUAGCUGAACUGUCGACUGAGUUGCAAUCAGCAGAGGAUGUUAUGGUCCAGGCAAAGGCCGCUAUUAUGAGUUCUUGGCCGUCUUCCUCAAGCUCUAAGCCAGGUAAGGGGAAGAAGAAAGCCCAGAAUGUUGUAGUACCUAAGAUAGCUAAGGGCAAAAAGAAAUGA